AUGGCGCUCAAUCCUCGGAGCCCUUCCGUACACAAUCAAAUGAUAACUCGGUUCAUCAAGCAUCCCAAAUCCACCAACUUCGAUGGCGAGCAAGAUCGGCCGGUCAAGCGCCAGAAGACGGGCAACAGCCCCAAGAAACCACCACCAACACCUCGCAAGGCCGUCAAGCGCGAAGUGCUUGAUUCUGACGACGAGAGUGGUGGUACUGUGAUCAAAGAGGAAGAACAAGAACACAAGACAGACCUAGAAAGUGCGCUACCUCAAGUCGACACAGGCGAUGACGCCAUCAAAGCAUAUGAGGCGUACAAGGCGGAGGAAGAGAGCAAGACAGCCGGGACAGAUGAGCGCUUGGAGAAGCGAUCAUGGGUUCGAGGCAAAAGCUCGCUCUAUGUCGACGCAUUCAACCUCGCACUGGAUACAGUGCUGGACGAGGAAGGCCACCUCUUUGAUGAGGCCGAAACAGAGGUCUUUCGGAUGUGGAGAGAGAUAGGCUACGAAGCGCAGUAUCUAUACGUACGCCUUUUCCUUCGCAAGACCUCCGCAUGGCAUCGCAUAAAGAACCUGGGCUACCACAGCGACAUCUCAGACCUUGACGCAGCAGCCGAAACGCUGCAACGUACAUACGACCUGCCGGCUUCCUCCUCCGAAGUCGAGUCACAUCCGGGCGAACUAGAGGCGCCAGCAGGCACAACACUGGGCAGCACAUUCACGUUCGCGGAUCGAUCUGAGGAGGAGAUAAGCACACUCGAGGAAGCAUCAUCCUUGCUGAAACUCGAUGAACUGAAGGCUCUUGCAAAGGAUGCCAAGGUCAAGGGAAAGAACAAGGGUGAGCUUCUGAAGGCUUUACGACGCACAAGUCAGAGACAGACCGGUCUGGGCCAUGUUGGAUUGACGCGGUCGGACUCGGAGAUGUCGCGAGCAUCUUCCGUAUCCAGGUCACGACCAGAGACGCCCGAUGUCGAGCUGGAGCCCGAAGCUGAUCUCUCCGAUGAUGCAAAUCGCGAUGCGCACUUCACACGCAGGAUCAUGCAAGAAACGGGCCCUUGUAUACGACUUUCGCUGGCCACUUUGAAGCUCUUCGAACGUGUCCAUCUUGUCUUCUACCGCUCUACCGAGUGGACCGAGAAGUCGUUGACAACCAUCAUCCUGGCGAAGAUUGCGCGUUGGAACUUUCCAGAGUAUAUUGUCUCUCGAUCUGCGAACAUCUUCGCUUCUCGGUCCCUACUGCUCGAGUAUGAGGCCUCUAUACGAACGCAGUACCGGAUCGAUAGCAUCUUGGAGUUCAACGGAAGGCCAACGGAGAAAGGGUAUCAAGAAAUUUUGGAUACUUUUGAGGAGGUAUACCCGCGCUGGCAGGUGCUUGUUCAAGAAGAGCAGCGAAAAGAGGACAGCGUCUACCACAGCGGCGAAGGGUCAUACCUUCGUCGUCUUUCACCAGCGUGGGUAUACACGCGCAUCAUUCACAAGACGCUUGACAUACUCAGACGACGGAAGGAGCACAAGCGCGAGCAUGAACUCUUGAAUGAGCUGCUGCAACAGCGACUGUUCCAUCAUUCUCGCAGAGGAGCUUGGUAUCAGCGCAAAGCAUUACUUGAAGAACACUACAUGGCUGCAUUGACCGAUGCAGAGAACAGAAGCGCAGAGAAACAAAAGAGGCAUUGGAAGCUCAUUGCUUUGCAGACCUGUGAAGACGGGUUGCAGGAUAACCUUGUGCAUAUUAUCUAUCACUAUGAUUUGCAGAAGCGUAUCACCAAACUUGAAUUGUCUCUGAAAUUUGUUAAACGAUUGCAACAUGAUUUCUCACAUGUUCGCUUGACGAAGCCCGUCGAAGUCGUUAUGGAGGGAACGCGCAUCGAACGCGAAAGACCCUCACUGUCAAGACGUACUAGCUCACCACAUGCGAAAUCGGGCCGACGAGGUGGGAAGACAAUAUGGAUUGAUCCGCGUGAGGACGGCGAAUGCUCGGUCGAAGCAAUGUGUCUCUCGCAUUACCGCAACCAAGGCUGGAAAGGCUAUCACGCUGAAGGUGGUAUCGUGCGCACGCUUUUCGCAUACUUGUUCUACGACGUCCUAUUCACCUACGUACCCAACGUCUUCCAGACUCCGUACCAGACCUGUCCGUUGGACCUACAUACCGACGCCUUCUAUCCCUCUCGGAUAUCCGAGAUCAACGCGAGGCUGAAUGAGAUAUCAAACGGCGACGCACCCGCCAUCAUCCAAAGAAUCUACGAUGACCACCACGAGCGCCGGACUUGCGUUGUAGGUCUGGACUGGACAUACGACGUUGUGGAUCUGCUUGAGAUUGCUCGCUGCUUUGACGGCGAGGCGUUGGCAACUGUGUGCAAGGUCAUGGCGCAAGAGUAUGGGCAGAGAGGUGGCGGUGUACCCGAUCUAUUUCUUUGGCGAGUCCCGGAAGAGGAGGGGAAGAAGGGUGAGGUCAAGUUUGCAGAGGUGAAAAGUGAGAACGACCGUUUGAGUGACACACAGAGGCUUUGGAUACAUGUGCUCUCUGGGGCGGGAGUGACGGUCGAGCUUUGCGCUGCCGUGGCUAAAGAGGUGAAGGUCGUUUGA